UGCUUAUUCAGCCAUGGUCAUCAGGACGUGCGGCAACUUCAUUUACACUGCGUCUGUAGCUUGUUACGAAUUCUUCAUACUGCCAAGAACUGUUGUCAACGUUAUCAAGAUUGCGAGCUGGAUACCUACUGAUCUGCGCUUGUGGUACGGGGUAUUCUGGCUGGUCAUUGAGGUGUACGUGCUCUCCCGCUUGCACGUCUAUACCAGCCGCCUGAGAGAGGCAUCGUCGGAGGCCACAUACACGUCGCCGUUGCCGGGGGCAGAGCCCGAAUGCCAGGGGUCGCCACCGGACUCGCCGAGCACCACCACCCCCGAACAACAGCAGAGCCCGGAACGCCCCAGGGCCUCGCCGUAGCUCCCUCGCCCUCUGCCUCGAUUUUGGCUGUGGCGAAUGUGCGCAGUCGGGAGACUUGGACGCGUGUGCAACGACGCUAGUGUUUCUCCGCUAUGUUCUAUGCGCUUUCUAUCCGUUUUAUUCCGAUCGAUUUCAUGUUUCCCGUGAGCUACUAAAUUAUACCUGCAAGAAUGCUGGCAUAGAUGUUUAUUCCAUUAUACGUCACGAAAAUUGACCAAUUUGUUUUUCGGAACGUGAACGUUUUUCAAGCCAACCUCUUUUUUAUGUUGUGAUGUGUUGCCAUAGUUUGUAUUGCUUUAACACUGUAGAAAUUGUG